AUGGAGUUUCAGCAAUAUUGUCAAGCGUGUGGUAUACAGCAAAUUCAAACACCUCCAUAUUGGCCCCAGGCCAAUGGAGAGGUAGAAAACAUGAAUAAAAAUCUAGAUAAACGAUUGAAAAUCGCCCAGCUCGAUAAGAAAAAUUACAAAGAAGCAAUACAAAACUUCAUGCUUAUGUAUAACGUGACUCCACAUGGCAGCACAGGCACAGCUCCAUCCGAAUUAAUGUUCGGGCGCGUAAUUCGUGAUAAAAUACCUAGCAUUCAGGAUUUAGUCGGGGAGUUUUCGGAUUCGGUGGAAAAGGAUAGGGACUGUGUGAGUAAACAUAAAGGGAAAGUGGCAGCUGAUAGGAAGAGAGGGGCGAAGGAAGUAGACAUAGAAGUGGGGGACAAAGUUUAUCUGAAGAAUGUCGUGUUUCCACACAAACUCACUCCUAAUUUUGACACCACAGAAUAUGAGGUCAUGGAAAGGAAGGGAAAUAUCGUUAAGGUAGUUGGAGGGGGUCGAGCUCUGAUGAGGAACGUAGCUCAUUUAAAGAAAAUACCAGCCGGCACGGGGGCCGAUCCACAUAAUACUCAUUCAGCAUCUCAAUCGGUGGCCGCGCCACUGCCAUCUGUUUCAUCCACAGGUACGACGCGGGAUGACCGACAACCCCCACUCCGGCUCAAGUAA